AUAAGUUUCUUUAAGCCCACGAAUCCAUUACUCUCCACUGCAAAUUAGGGUUUUUUCUACCGAGCAUUUGUCGCCGUUCAGUUCAUCUUCAUUUGCAAACCCUCAAUCAUGGCGGAGCAGACGGAGAAGGCGUUUUUGAAGCAGCCAGGUGUUUUUCUAAGCUCUAAGAAGACUGGGAAGGGAAAGAGGCCAGGAAAGGGAGGCAAUCGAUACUUUAAGAGUAUCGGUUUAGGAUUCAAGACUCCUCGUGAGGCUACUGAAGGUACAUAUAUUGACAAGAAAUGCCCAUUCACUGGCAAUGUUUCUAUCCGAGGCCGUAUCCUUGCUGGUACAUGCCACAGUGCUAAGAUGAACAGGACCAUCAUUGUUCGACGCAAUUACCUACAUUAUGUCAAGAAGUAUCAGAGAUACGAGAAGAGACACUCCAAUAUUCCAGCUCACAUAUCACCAUGCUUCCGUGUGAAAGAGGGAGAUCAUGUUACUAUUGGCCAGUGCAGGCCUUUAUCCAAAACUGUGAGGUUCAAUGUAUUGAAGGUGAUUCCAGCCGGUUCUGGUGGUGUUGGGAAAAAAGCUUUUACCGGAAUGUGAACUUGAUUGUUUCUAUUUUAAUGUUUACAUCUAGAAAUGAUGUCAAGGCAUAUUUGCUUUUGCUGAAUUCUAGUCUUCAUUGAUAUUCCUUUCUGAGAUUCAAAUUUUGAAACUUUAUGCUAGUAGUAACAAGCUUCUCUUUCCUAUUGAGAUUUGAGCCCAUAUAUGUACUGUUCAUCUUGUGAUAGGUUUGGUGCUUGAACCUUCUUUUAAGAUAAAAAGUACUUAAGGUGAUUUUAGUCUA